CUGCUGUCAAAUACUAAGAAGAAUGAUUCGAACAAGGACAUUAUCUUCAACCAACAGUCAAUUGUAAGGUCUGCACCAGCGUUCGACAUUGACUUUGAUUAUUCUCCAGACAUUGCUGCAUCUGAGUCAUCCUCCUCUUCAGUGCAACCUGCUACUACGAUCACUCUGGAACAGGUACCAACUCUAAAGAUAAACCAGAAGGUCAACGUCACAGCAACGAUUUCAUUGGGCAGUGAACAACCUAAGCCGGUUGAAGUGAAAUCCACACAAAAGAUGACGCUCGUCAAAGAGGAUUGUGUCUUAGAAGAUGAGACAGGUACAGCUGAAAUUCACAUUUGGGAUGAGCUCAUCAACAACGUGAAAAAUGGGACAACAUAUGAAUUCCAAAACCUGAACGUCAAGCACUUCAAAGGAAGCACCCACUUAGCAACGACACCAGCAACUACCUUCAAGGAAGCCAGCAAACAACUUAAGUCUGUGCAAGGGCCUACACUACUGGAAAACCCAGAAAAAGAAGUUAAAGUCGACAUGUUCAAGUUUCUUAACAACCUAAGCAUAUUCGUUGCUUGUCAAGCUUGUAAGAGGAAGAUAACAGAGAGUGCCCAUCAGAAGUACAUAAAAUGCAGGAACUGCGGAGUAAAGGCAGCGUCAAGGCGAAUGCAAGAGAGAUGCAUCUGUGCAAGUCAAAGUAGAAAUAGCUGGAAAGGAAAUAUGGCUGACAGCGUUCACAAAAGAAAUUGAAAGUCUUCUGGCUCUGUCUCCAGAGCUUUCCCUUAUGAGUGACUCAGAAUCUAUUGAAGACCACCUUAUGGACCUCAAGGAUAUCCACUUCACCUAUAAUGUGAACAAAAACACCAUAACCCAGGUGACAUCUCUUUCAAAUGGACUGGCGCAAUGA